AUGGAACUGACAUUCGAGCCAUUGAAGAACGACCUGCUUCUGCGGGCGGCACGCGGCGAAACGAUCGAGCGCCCGCCGUGCUGGAUCAUGCGGCAAGCCGGCCGCUACCUCCCCGAAUACCACGAGGCCAAGGGCAACCGCGACUUCUUCGCCUGCUGCCGCGACCCUGAGAUCGCCAGCACCCUGACCCUGCAGCCGAUCGAGCGCUUCGCUGGCCUCCUCGAUGCUGCUAUUAUUUUCAGCGACAUUCUCGUUGUCCCUCAGGCCCUCGGCAUGACCGUCGAGAUGGUCGAUAAGAAGGGCCCUCACUUCCCGGAUCCCCUCAAGUCUCCCACGGACGGCCAGUACGACCAGGUCAUGGCCAAGAACGUCGACGUCGCUUCUGAGCUCGACUACGUCUACAAGGCCAUUACUCUCACCCGCAAGAAGCUUGCCGGCCGCGUGCCCCUCAUUGGCUUCUGCGGCGCCCCUUGGACGCUGUUCUGCUACAUGGUGGAAGGUGGUGGCACUAAGCUCUUCAUCCAGAGCAAGACAUGGAUCUACAGAUACCCCGAGGAAUCAAAGAGGCUGCUCCAGAAGAUUGCCGAGGUGUGCGUCGAGUACCUUGCCCUGCAGGUCAAGGCUGGUGCUCAGCUUGUCAUGGUCUUCGACUCCUGGGCCGGCGAACUCGGCCCUGCGGCUUUCGAGGAGUUCAGCAAGCCCUACCUCUCCUACAUCUCCGAGAACCUGCCCAAGAAGCUGCAGGAGAUGAACCUUGAGCGCGUGCCCAUGACCGUCUUCCCCAAGGGCGCGUGGCAUGCCCUCGACUCCGUCUGCGACAUUGGCUACGACGUCGUCGGUCUCGACUGGAUGCAGAGCCCCGCCGAUGCUGUCAAGAUCCGCGGCAACAGACGCGUUGCAUUCCAGGGCAACGCCGACCCUGGCGUCCUAUACGGAACUCGCGAGAACAUCACCAAGGCGGUCGAGGAGAUGGUCAAGGGUUUCUGGGGCCAGAAGAAGGAGUGGAUUGCCAACCUUGGACACGGCAUCACUCCCGGCGUCAACCCCGAGGAUCUCAGAUUCUACCUGUCUGAGAUCCACCGCUUGACGAGCAACUAA